AUGUCUGAACCAUGCACCGGUCACGGUCUUUACCUCUCAGGUGUAUUCGAAAUCGAAGAGAAAUUGACCCAAGAACAAAACUACAAGGUCGAGUUCCGAUCCUAUUCGGCCUCAAUUUACUGUGGUGGUCUUGGCCGCAAGCAACAGAUUUCUUAUGAAAUCCGUGCUACUGGAUUUAGCAGCAAGCUCCUCAUGCUCGAGGAAAGCAAGGUUUAUUUUCUGCGGGGAUCUUUCUUUCCUACUAACACCGAAGACACCUUUAACGACGAGUUCUUCUACGAGGGGAUUGAGCGUAUGCUCCUUGGUGACGCGGAGGCUUUCACCGCGAACGUUGAGGGUAUGAUUGGUCUCACGGGCCUGGGUCGAGUCCUUGACGUUGACUUCAAAGUUGAAGAGUGCUGGCAAUACCUCAAGGGCAAAGCAACUGAUCCCGACCUCAAAAGCGUUCAUGCGAUAGUAGAGCACUGCGAUUUCCAUCCAGAGACCAAGUUGAAACAAUCAAUGACGGUCGAAUACCGCAUUCCACCAUUUAAGCACCUUUUGGGCUCUGCACAAGUCGUGAAAAAAGGACGGGAGUGCAACUUUCAUGGUUAUAUCAGAGAUUUUAACAAAGACACAUCCCGAUACGUUGUGCAAGUUAAUAAGGUCUCCCCAACCUCUGGCCAUCUGGAGGUCACUACCACCAACACUUCACAGGCAGCCACGUCGUCUGGAUCUGCCGGGCGCUCAAAGGCAAAGAAUAGUGUGCUGAUCGAAUACUGCAUUCCUAGAUUCAAGGCUCGCGCCCCCAACACCCCUUUCAAAUCUCCGCUGACUGCCGCCGGAUCAAGCUCCGGCACUCCGUUGGGGCCAUCUGACACCACCCCUUCGUCGGCUGACUCUACUCCCGCUGCCGUAAAAUCUAAAGGAAAGUCCCCUGCCUCAACCGAUCAACCUCCCAAGAAGAGAGCCCGUGCCGCGCCCAAGAGAAAAGCUGCCAAAGGUCUCGCUUUGAAUGAGUCGUCUGAGGAGCUCUGA